AUGUCAUACAGCGCACCUUUUAUUGAAAGCGAAGAGGUUGUCCAUUGUGUCCGUGACCCAUCAAAAGUGCCAGGAAAAGAUUAUCUCGUCGUUGAUGUCAGGGACAAUGACUUUCACGGUGGUAAUAUUCCUGGCGCCAUCAAUGUACCCGCCAAUCAAUUGGUAGAUCGUGGCAAUGCACUGAUUGAAAAGUACAAGCAAGUGCCGCUGGUCGUGUUUCACUGUGCCUUGUCACAGCAACGCGGACCCAAGGCAGCGCGCAUAUACAAUGAGAUGCGUCACCUCACGGGCGAAAAGGGUGACCAGAAGGUGGUUGUCAUGCGAGGUGGAUUUGACGGGUGGCAUGCGCGGUAUCACAAGGAAAAAGAUCUGAUUGCAAACUACGAGCCAAGCAUAUGGGGUGUCUUUGAAGAAGAAGAAGAAGAAGACCAAGAAACUGUAGAGAAUAACCCAUUCAUGGCUGGUGUGCCAAAAUCAUCAUCGUAA